AGAGUGACCCGGAUAUUAAAAAAAGACCCGCCUCAAUAUAUCAUCGUGACCAAUCAGCAUUCGUAUUUACAUCUCUUGGCCAAUCAGCGGGUAGUAAAUAGUUCCGUGUAGGCCUUCAACUCGAAGCAGCGGUAGUUGUGUGUGGACGAUUUAAUAACGUACAUUUGUAGGCUUAUUUCACUCUAAUAAUGCCAUAUGCUAACCAGCCGACGGUGAAAAUCACAGAACUGACGGACGAGAAUGUCAAAUUCGUCAUUGAGAACACCGACUUGGCGGUGGCCAACUCCAUCCGCCGUGUCUUCAUGUCGGAAGUCGCCACCAUAGCAAUCGACUGGAUCCAGAUCGAUGCCAAUUCGUCAGUGCUGCACGAUGAGUUCAUUGCACACCGAGUCGGUCUCAUACCGCUCACAAGUGACGACAUCGUGGAUAAAAUGCAGUAUUCUCGGGACUGCACCUGUGAUGAUUUUUGUCCGGAGUGUUCUGUUGAGUUGACGCUGGACGUUCGAUGUACCGAGGACCAGACGCGCCACGUCACCUCACGCGACCUUUUGUCCAACAAUCCCAGAGUCAUCCCGGUGACUUCCAGGAGUCGAGACAACGACCCCAACGACUACGUUGAACAAGAUGACAUUAUACUGGUGAAGCUUCGUAAGGGUCAGGAGCUGCGGCUCAGGGCGUACGCCAAGAAGGGCUUCGGCAAGGAGCACGCCAAGUGGAACCCAACGGCGGGGGUGUCCUUUGAGUACGACCCAGACAACGCACUGAGGCACACGGUCUUCCCCCGACCCGAAGAGUGGCCCAAGAGUGAAUAUUCCGAGAUUGAGGAGGAUGAGGUUCAGGCUCCCUACGACCCCAAUGGAAAGCCAGAAAGGUUCUUCUACAACGUGGAGUCAUGCGGCUCGCUGCGACCAGAGACCAUCGUCAUGUCGGCGCUGGCCGUCCUCAAGAAGAAGCUCAGUGACCUGCAGACUCAGCUGAGCCACGAGAUCCAGAGCGACGUGCUCACUAUCAACUGAAGGGCCCUAACAGAACCGGACCUGUGGUUUGUUCUGAUUCAGCACAGUUUGGGUCACACGCAUUGUUUAUGGAGUUGGUUUUGUUGGUGGUGGUGGAUUUACACUAUUAGAAUAUUAUUUUGUAAAAUGUAACUUUUUAAAUAAAUCUGUUCUUUGCAACUUUGUAA